AUGUGGGCCAAUAGCUUUCGUCUUCUUGAAAAUUCGCAAGGGCCCAGCAUCUUGCUUUUUGGCCCCCUCGCCCUUGACUUUGACCGUACUGGUUUAGAGAGGCUCUCUAAGGUAGUUGUAGGGAACACGGAGUUCGACUGGGUGCUUGAGACUCUGGGGAGCCUUCCUGAGUACUGGGAAACUGUUACUGCUUCGGUUCCGAGUUUAAAAGACUCCGACCCGAAACGGAAAAAGCAGCUACAUGAUUUACUCGAAGCCUUCCAGGGUUCCCAAAGAUGGCCCGAUAUGAGUUGUCCUUUACCGAACACUCUUGUUGUGCCUGAGUUGAGUUAUCCUUUACCGAACACUCUUCUCAUUCCGCUUGUCGUCGCUUAUCAGAUCACACAAUACACGGCAUUCAUCAACCAUAAGAACGAUAGGACGGGAGGCGAUGUUGCCAACACGGAGACGCUCGGCUUGUGUACGGGACUUCUGGGCGCUUUCGCCGCCUCCAGUGCCGGUGACAACAAAGAUCUUUUGACUAAGUAUGGCGCUGCUGCUAUGCGUCUCGGUCUACUUGUCGGCAUGGUGGUCGAUGCUCAGAACUCAUUGGAGCCGACUAGAUCUCUCAGCGUGGCAUGGAACUCGGCCGAGGGUGGUGAAGAGGCGAGGCGAAUUCUGGCGUUGGAUGAGUUCCAGGGUAACUACGUCUCAGUCCACUUUGAUGAGACACGCGCUACCGUAACAACCCCGGCAACGAGUAUUCGGGCACUGCAGCAGCGGCUGCGUGAGUCGUCGCUCAUUGCAUCUGAAAUCGGCCUUCUUGGACCAUUUCAUUCCAAUCGCAACCUCGACUAUCUGGACGCUCUAUUGGAAUUCACCGAUAGGCACCCGGAGUUUCACUUCGCCGAUGCAAGGGACCUUGUCUUUCCCACCCGGUCAGAUAAAGACGGGUCUGUCUUGACCAACAACAGCUUGCAUAAACAAGCCCUCGAGUCCAUUCUUAUUCACCCACCACAAUGGUGGAAAUCAUUUAGAGCUGCCCAGGCUGCCAGUCUACAGAAUAAUGUCAACUACGACAACCCCAUCGUCGUUGAGUUUGGAUUGGAGCGUUGUGUCCCACCCUCUCUUAUGCGUUCGCUUCGUCCGCAUGUCAUCCACCUGGCCGAUCACGAUUCUAUAAUGUUCGAGAGAGCUCCUCGGGACAUUGCCGUUGUUGGCAUGGCAUGCAAGGUGGCUGGUGCCGAUGAGUUCUGGGACCUCCUCUGCACCGGUGAACCACAGCAUCAGGAGCUCACGGGUCAGCGCUUCAGCUUCCAGACACCGUUCCGCCCAGCCGACCCCAAGCGCAAAUGGUUUGCGAAUCUGAUCUCCGGCGCAGAUCAGUUUGACCACAAAUUUUUCAAGAGAAGCCCCCGCGAGAGCGCAACCAUGGACCCUCAGCAGCGCUGGAUGUUGCAGAUUGCCUACCAGGCCGUAGAGCAAUCUGGCUACUUCAACGCCAACAACCCCGAGAGGUCAGUCGGCUGCUAUAUUGGGAACGAUUAUUACGAUAACGUUGCGUCGACGGGAAAUCUCCAGGCAUUCGUGGCCGGUAAGAUUAGCCAUCAAUUCGACUGGACAGGACCAGCCAUGACGAUUGAUACGGCCUGUUCUUCUUCCCUUGUCGCUGCGUGCCGGGCCAUUCUUAGCGGAGACUGCAACGCUGCCCUCGCGGGAGGGGCUCACGUCAUGACGAGCCCUAACCUGGCCGGGGCUUCGUUCUUGAGCCCUACUGGUCAAUGUAAGCCGUUCGAUGCUGCGGCUGAUGGCUAUUGUAGAGGUGACGGUCGACACUCUCAGGCUAUUGCGGACGGUGACCAGAUAUUGGGUGUCAUUCCUGCGACCGCGGUGCAACAAAACCUGAACUGCACGCCGAUAUUCGUCCCUAACGCGCCAUCUCUUUCUGAUUUAUUCAGAAUCGCUCCAGCCCAGAUAUCAGUUGUCGAGGCUCAUGGGACCGGAACGGCUGUUUUGGCCGGACCCAAUCGCAGCGGCCCUCUGGUUCUCGGCUCCGUCAAAGGCUUGGUAGGGCAUACCGAAUGUAUUGUGUCAGCGAUCAAAAUUCUGCUUAUGAUCCAAAAGGGCAUGAUCCCCCCGCAAGCGAGCUUCAAGACCAUUAAUCCUGCCAUUGGAGCGUCGCCACAAGAUAAUAUCCGCAUCGCAACGAGCUUGGAGCCAUGGCAAGAGGAUUUCCGGGCAGCCUUGAUCAACAAUUACGGCGCUUCGGGUUCCAAUGCUUCCAUGAUCCCGACCGGGAAGAGAGCAAUGAACCCACCUGCUGUUGCUGGCAGAUAUCCCUUCUGGCUUAGUGCUUCUGACGACGAUGCUCUCGCUCGGUAUGCGAAAGUUCUGAAAAAUUUCUUGGACGGCAAAGCGGGCAAGACUGCAGCCUUGGCAAACAUCUCCUUCAAUGUCGCCCGUCAAAGCAACCGUCAGCUCCAGAGAGCACUUGUUUUCACCGCGAAAUCAGUGGAUGAUAUAAGGCACAUCUUGACAUCAGUUGCGUCAGGGACUGGUUCUGGAGUCUUGCCGGUGGAUCGACCACCGGUUGUUCUCUGUUUUGGGGGGCAGAUCUCAUCCUAUAUCGGCCUCGACAAGAACGUGUAUGACCGUGUAGCAGUGCUCCGGAAGCAUAUCAACGAGGUUGAUGCCAAAGCGAGAUCAAUUGGUGCUGGAUCCAUCUUUCCGGCCAUCUUCGCACGAACAGCCAUCACGGAUACAACGGCUCUAUUCGCGUUCCAGUAUGCCUGUGCAAAGAGCUGGAUUGAGUCCGGUGUCAAACCCGUGGCAGUUGUAGGCCAUAGCUUCGGAGAACUCACUGCGCUUUGUGUUUCGGGAGCGCUUUCUCUCGAUGACACUGUCAAGAUGAUUGUCGGUCGUGCCACACUUAUCAGAGAUGCUUGGGGGCCCGAAAAGGGUGCCAUGAUGGCAAUAGAGGCCGAUUUGAGCGAAGUUCAAUCACUCCUUGACCAAUCGGCUCAGGCGUGCCCUGAUGCAGGGCCAGCUACUAUUGCCUGCUAUAACGGACCAAGAAGCUUCACGGUCGCUGGAUCUGCUACCGCAAUCGACGCCGUCGCAGAUACGGUCUCGAAGCGCGGCUCGUCAUCGUGCCGGGUCAAGAGGCUUAACGUGACCAAUGCAUUCCACAGUGCAUUGGUCGAUCCUCUCAUGAAACGGCUUGAGGAAUUGGCUCAAGAAUUGAAAUUCCGCGAGCCUGUGUUGCCUCUUGAGAGAACCUCGACUCUUACACCCGCGACGAGGAUGCAGCCCAGCUAUGUUGCCGAGCAUAUGCGCUCGCCAGUAUACUUCUGUCAGGCCAUUGAGCGUAUCCAUAGGAAACACCCUUCGAGCAUUUUCCUUGAAGUAGGAUCCAACUCGACAAUCACCUCUAUGGCUAGCCGUGCGCUUGGAAACCCAGAUGGAUCCCAUUUCCAGGGAAUCAACAUCACCAACUGCGACGACGGCUGGGACAAGCUCACUGAUGCGACAGUAAAUCUAUGGAAGGCGGGCCUCGCUGCCCACCACUGGGGGCAUCAUGCCUUGAAUACUUCGGAACACACACCGCUUCUGCUUCCUCCCUACCAGUUCGAGAAGUCAUCACACUGGAUGGAACUCAAAUCGAGUGCGCCGGCAGUCGAUGUAGUCCCCCAGGCUGCACCCGUACAAGCCCCGCAGCCUCAGCGUCUGAUAACCUUUGCUGGCUACAAGGAAGAAGGCAGCGAUCAUCAUGUUCGAUUCCAGAUCAAUACUGCAAUGGCAGAAUACCAAAAAUCUCUUGAAGGUCAUCUGAUCGCGCAGGCAGCUCCUAUAUGUCCGGCUACGAUCCAGACAGGCUUCGUCCUUAACGCCUUGUCUGAGCUGAGGCCCGAGUUGUCGAGUCUAGUGCCGCAGACGCACGAUGUGAAAUUCCUAUCGCCCAUCUGUCGCGACCCAGGAAGGUCCCUGUGGAUUGAUGCUAUCGAGACGAAAGCCAUGAUAUGGGAUUGGACGAUCUAUAGUACGGGAGCGAACGAAUACGAUAAGUUGUCCCAUACUUCGGGACAGCUGGAAUUCCGCUCUAGUCAUGAUCAUUCCCUCAUGGCGGAACUUUCGCGGUAUGAACGCCUCUUUAGUCAUCAGCGGUGCGUCGAUAUGUUGAACAGCAACAAUGUCGACGACGUCCUAGGGACACGAACAAUCUACAUGCUAUUCUCGGAUAUAGUCGAGUACGGCGAGGAGUACAGAGGAGUCACGAAGCUCGUUGGAAAGGGCACCGAGUCAGCGGCGCAAGUGGUGCGCAAGAAUACGCAAAACGAGUCCUGGUACGAUGCUCACCUCGCCGACACCUUCUGCCAGCUCGGCGGUAUUUGGGCCAACUGCAUGGCUGCCGACCGUACACCGGGAGAAGUCUUCAUCGCAAACGGUAUUGAGCAAUGGAUUCGCUCGCCAAAAGUUCUGAAAAAACCCCCGCCACAAGCUUUCAAUGUCUUCGCCGCCAAUGCCCGGACAUCCGACAAGGCGACACUCACCGACGUCUUUAUUUUUGAUGCUGCAGACGGAUCGUUGUGUGAGGUCAUUCUCGGUAUUGGGUACAGCAAGCUACUGUUGCGUCUAACCGCUGGAAAACCCGAAGAUGAGCUUCAUGCCAGCGCUCCAAGUUCGAGCGCCAUUCCGUUGCCGAGCACGGAUCGACAGCCAUUCCAGCAGCAAGAGGCUGUCGCCCAGCGCCCAGAGGCUGUUGCCCAGCGCCCAGAGGCUGUUGCCCAGCGCCCAGAGGCUUUCACAAAGCAGCCCGAGCCAAUAAAUACCACGAAGCCAAAGCAACAGCCCAAGAACGAUGUGGCUAUUCUGGCUGAAUUGUCCGGCAUUGAAGUAGCUGACAUCAAAGACGACAGCCAGCUUGCGGACCUCGGGAUAGACUCACUCGUAGGCAUGGAGAUGGCACACGAGAUUGAAGCUGCUUACAAAAUUACUCUUCCUGAGAGUGAGCUCAUCGACAUUGUCGACCUACCUGGACUUAUCGCAUUGGUCCAAAGGACUCUAGGGGGCGACAGCAAUUCAGUCGACACACCUACGUCUCUUGAUUCAAGUCUGGAUGGUAGUUGGGAAAUUGGCGAAUGGGAGGCGAAGAGCAGAUCAGAUGCUGAUGUAUCAUCGCGACCAACCUCGCCUGACACAAUUACAGCCGAAAGCAAGGGAACCAGUAGAUUGAGUACUGAUUCCAGCACAAACUCGCUUCUUUCAUUCGACGACGUUAUGCAUGCUUUCCAAGAGACAAAAACUCUGACAGAUGGCAGAAUCGCCGAACAAGGUCAGAAGGCCUAUGUUGACGAGGCGCUUCCCUUGCAGACGAAGUUGACGAUUGCCCUCACCCUUGAUACUUUUGAAAAGUUGAACCAACCACUCCGAAGUGUUCCGUCCGGUACAACGUUGGCAUUUGUGCCGCACAAAGAAGGGCAAGGGCAUUUGGUCAGGUAUCUGUAUCGCAUGCUGGAGACCGAGACGCAGACAAUCAUUGUCAACAGCAAUGACACUAUCACCAGAACAGCAGUGCCUUUUGCACAAUCCAGCUCCAGCGAGUCAAUCUAUCGAGAGCUUACGACACGUUUUCCAGAUCAGAGCACCGCCAACAAGCUUACCAAAUACGCCGGCGACCACCUCGCCGAGGUGUUGAGCGGUAAAACGGAUGGCGUAAAGCUCAUCUUUGGCUCUGCUGAGGGGCGCGAGCUCGUCUCAAGCUUUUAUGCCGACUGGCCACUGAAUCAAGCUCUAUACAAACUCAUGGACGACUUCUUCAUUCAACUAGGCAAAAAGCUCGGAAGAAACCCAAGCAGCGGCCCGCUCAAGAUCCUUGAAAUGGGCGCUGGGACGGGGGGAACAACCAAGCGACUGGUGCCCCUGUUGGCCAGUCUAGGCGUGCCUAUCGAGUACACCUUUACGGAUCUCGCACCAUCUUUUGUGGCCGCCGCGCGAAAGAAGUGGGGCAAAGAGUAUCCGUUCAUGAAGUUCCGGACACACGAUAUCGAAAAAGUUCCUGACCAAGACCUGCUUGGGACACAGCACAUUGUAGUAUCCAGUAACGCCGUACAUGCUACACAUGACUUGGUCGUAUCUACCGGUAACAUACGCAAGAUCCUCCGCCCUGAAGGUCUUCUCCUAAUGCUUGAAAUGACGCGCACGCCGUAUUGGGUUGACCUUGUAUUUGGGCUAUUUGAAGGGUGGUGGCUCUUCGAAGACGGCCGGUCACAUGCACUCACGCAUGAGACCAGGUGGCGCAAAGACUUGCAGUCAGCUGGGUAUGGUCUUGUUGACUGGACUGAAGGUUCAACAAAGGAGAGUGAGAUUGAGAAACUGGUGAUUGCUAUGGCAGAUCCAUCUUCGUUGAGGUACGAGACAAGCGCCCGCACGAGCUUUUUGCCGCCCAUGAGAAGCGAGUCCACUGACUGUGCUGCUCGACAGGCUGUAGUGGACCGAUUCAUUACCAAUCUAGUCGAGGGCUAUGAUCUGGCAGCGGCAGAGGAUUCUGCGUUUCUGGAAAAUUCGUCAUCAUCAACUCCAGGCACGACAGUUUUGAUCACUGGCGCUACAGGAAGCCUUGGGUCACAUCUUGUGGACAUCUGUGCUUCGAUCCCAUCUACAACUCGGGUAUUCUGCCUCAACAGGCGAUCCAAGGAUGAGAGCGACCCAGAAAAGCGUCAGAAACAAGUCAUGGCCGAGAGGGGUAUACCAAUCAACGGACAAGCUGCAGCCAAGUUGGUGGUUCUCGAGGCAGACCUUUCCAAGCCGCUCCUUGGGCUGACAGGAAAAGACUAUGCGCAACUUGUCAGCAGUACUACACACAUUAUCCACAACGCUUGGCCCAUGUCUUUCAAGUGGCCCGUUCAACGCUUUGAGCCAAGUCUAAAGGGCCUGCUGAACUUGUUGAUACUUUCACGACGUGCAACAAAUUACCGUCGCCACCAUCACGACCCUGCCUUCAAGAUGACGUUCCAGUUCAUUUCAAGUAUUGCCGUAGUGGGCCAUUACCCUCUCCGUACCGGAAAAGCGGCAAUUCCAGAGGAGCGCAUGUCAUUGUCAUCUGUACUACCCACCGGCUACGGCGAUGCCAAGUACAUCUGUGAGUGCUUGCUGGACGGAACGUUGCACAAAGACUCAGGUCGAUUUCACGCUAUGAGCGUGAGGCUGGGGCAGAUUGCUGGAGCUAGCAAGAAUGGUGUCUGGAGUCCGUCAGAGCAUGUGCCUUUCUUGAUCAAGUCGAGCCAGACACUUAAGGCACUGCCGGACUUUGGCGAGGGAAGUGUUAUGAGCUGGACGCCGGUGGAUAUCGUGGCAAAAUCGUGCGUCGACUUGCUUUUCCAACCCACGUCAGGGGAGAAAAAGAAUGGGCAGACCUGCUAUCCAUUUUACAAUAUCGAUAACCCGAUUCGGCAGCCAUGGAGAGAGGUGAUGAGAGUCUUGGCUGAGGAACUUGUGCCGGGAGACAUCUUGAGUGUUGUGCCGUUCGAAGACUGGAUACGACGUGUCAGAGACUUCAGGCCACCGCCAAGCUGCGGUCGAGAAAAGCCUGGGCCUGAUAUGAUGAACCCAGCGAGUUUGCUAGCUGAUUUCUUCGAGAAUGACUUUAGGCGUAUGUCCUGUGGUGGCGUAUUGCUUGGUACUACGCAGACAAGAGAGCAUUCGAGAACGUUGGCCGGGUAUGGCGCUGUGGAUAAGGAGUAUUUGAAAUUGGUGUUAAGGAGUUGGCGUGAAAGGGGAUUCCUUAAAUAGUUUGUCUCUGUUAUAGAGCAGGGCUGCUAAGAAGUUCCGAAACUGGCUGGUAAAUCAUUAGCUAUAGUUAGUUAUGUUGCUGUUGUAUUGCAUUGAGGGCUUGGAAAUCUGGA